UUUGUUCAUCAGAUUCCUUUGCCAAAAGUAUGAACUACUGCUACAAUACCAGCAGUGAUUCUGAAGUAAAACUUGCUUUAUUAUGUAAGGUUGCUCUAGGUAAAGAACAGAUCAAGGAACCUAAUAGUGGAUAUUUUGAUAGCGAAUUAAAUGAUACUGACUUCAGAAGUCGUGUUGUGGAGGGUAAAAAGCGGCCUGAUGAGGACUUCACAGUGACCAUGCCUGGAGGAUAUAGCAUCCCUCUUGGUAUGUUGGAAGAGACAGUGACAAUGAACGAUAAAUUGUUCUAUCACUACCCGGCAUACACAGAAUACAUAGUAGAGGAUCCGCGGCAGGUUUGUCUGAAAUACCUGGUACAGUUCACCAAGGGCAGUGCAAGAUAAUACCGACCCCCAGUACUAACACUGGCUGGACAGGGGUCAGGGCUAACUCAUGGAGGCUUGUUCUUGUAUGCUCAUAGUUAUCAUUCAGGUACAAACAUGGAUCAUUUACUCCCGACAGUCCACACAAAUCAAAUAACUUGUUAUCACUGUACAUUAAUGUACAAAUAUGUUGAUGUCUGGCACACUCUGUGGUGAAUUUGUUGGACUGCGUUUUUUGUGUCGAGAAUUAUUAUUAGAAACAAUGAUUUCUAUUCUACUUUAUUAUCACUGAUAUGAGAUGUGUGGUAGAUCCAGUAUUGUUGACCUAUGGUGGAAAUACUGCUCUGUUGUUUGUGAUAUAUUGAGUUAUGGUAGCUAUGUUGUUCUCAUCUAUGUGUAGAUCAUCUCAUUAUUCAAAGACAAGAAUUUUUCUCUUACCAAUCUUUGUCACUUUGUAGAGUUUAUGCCUGUACUACAUAUGCUUUUGAUUGACUUCGAAGCAUGUUCAAACUGGUUUUUUUUAUCUCUUUCUUCCUAUAUAAAACAAAGAUAGGUUAUUUCAUUUUAUACCUUUAUAUAAGUUAAGGGGAAUUAUCCCACUUCAUUUACAGAGAUGAAAUAAUUUUGUGUGCAAUCUAUUGUGUGAUGUCAGACUUUUAAGAAUAAAGAUUUGACACGCCAAGUUUGUUAUCUUGAUUAGAUUUACUUCUCAUAAUAAAGUAAAUAAGUAUUUGAGAUUUUUUUUGGAUAGAUUUGAACUAGAAAUCAUUCAAUAUCAAAAUUGUAUAUAUAGUAUAUACAUUGUACCUGUCUAUUAUAACAUUUGUGUUGUCAGCAGUUAACAAGAUUGGUUUCUAACUGUUGAUAAUUCUUAUAGAGCUAUUAUUAACAUAGGUAGUCAUUAAUAAUUUUUACUUCGAAAUAUUUUUUAAAGAGGCUGGUACUACAUGGAGUAAAUAUUACAUUAAAAAUUGAAAAAUAUAUGCAGUAGUCACUUUUAAAGUGCUAUUUUAAAUGAAAGAGAGAAUUAUUGAUAUAAUUUUAUAUAUUUAUUGGAGAUUAUGAAAUUUAUCUAUCACAAAUUUUGAUUUUUUUGUCUUGUUAUAUUUUUGGUACUUUCAUACACAGUACUAAAUUAAUCAGUUUUAGAGGAUUUGAAUCUUGUAGAGAUUUUACUUUUUCAUACAUGUACUUUUCUGUAAUUAUUGAGCACUAAUAUUUUUUUGAAACACUUACAUAUCAUGAAUAUUUGUGAAUCAAAUAUAAAGCUGUCUUUUGUUUCUAAUUGAUGUAGAUAAGACAUUGAUGUAGAAUUUGUAGUGAAUGUUGUGAGGCCAUCUUGGAGCUGUAAUUGGUGUACAUGUAUAUAUCAUCUCUGUAGCUUGAAUGUAACAUCAUAAAUUGUAUUUUGAUAUAUCCCAAUAAAUCUGAAAGCUCCUA